AUGAUCUGAUUGUGUAAUUUUCGCAUUUGAAGAUUUGUAAAAACCGUGAAAGUGUCUCUCGAAAAGUAACAAUGACGAAACUUACUUUCACUGCUUUCACCAUUAUCCUGGCUUCAGUUGUAGUAUCUGCAAUACCUGAAGGAAAAACAAGUAAGUCAUCAUCUUCAGCACCAACAGAACCUGCAGAUCCAGCAACAACUUCUACGCUCGAUCCAAAUUCUUCAACUGCAUCUUCGACAGUGAGAACAACGCCUUCAGAUUCUCCGACAGUGGAAACAACGCCUUCAGAUUCUCCGACAGUGGAAACAACGCCUUCAGAUUCUCCGACAGUAGAAACAACGCCUUCAAAUUCUUCGACGGUGACACCGACGCCUUCAAAUUCUUCAACGGUGACACCGACGCCUUCAAAUUCUUCAACGGUGACACCGACGCCUUCAAAUUCUUCGACGGUGACAUCGACGCCUUCAAAUUCUUCGACGGUGACACCGAGUCCUUCGUCAGUGACACCGACGCCUUCAACUCCAAUACCAGAGCCAGGAAAAUUGUGUGUUGGGAAAGAAGAUGGCGAGUUUGUUUCUGAUCCAUUCGACUGCUCCAGAUAUAUUGAAUGCGUUGAAGAGAAGGAAUACUACUUCCGUUGCCCUCGCGACCUCUACUACGACAAAUCAACCCGAGAAUGCAGCUCUGCCUCUUCUGAUCGUUGCUAGUUCUGGAAAAAUGUUUCAAGUGUACCACUUCACAUAUCACUCAUAACUUUGUUGAUGUAUGAAAGAAAGUAAAAUGGCAAUUGAAAAUU